AUGCCCCUCCAGUUCCCCUCUGUCCGACUUCCCCCCAAGCCCAAGUUUCUUCAUGGCAUCCCCUCCAACAGCAUCCGCAUAAUUGCCAUUCUCAUCACUGUCAAUCUCCUGGUAUGGAUCGUCGUCGCCAUAGUCCUCCAUUUCCAUCCGGCUCUCAUCUCGCCUGCUGCGCUUUCAUACGCCCUGGGCCUUCGCCAUGCUCUCGAUGCAGAUCACAUCGCGGCAAUUGACCUCAUGACGAGGCGGCUUAUUGCUUCUGGACAGCGACCAGCCACCCUGGUAAAGAGGCUCAAAGAGGUUCUUGCGCAGCGGAGGGCUGGCGAUGGCGAUGAUCUGGACGAGGAAGACGCUGCUGCGGCGCAGGCGAAUAACCAGCUUCAGCUCGAGGGAGGCGGGUUUAUGACGCGACUUCUGAAAGUGUUCCUCAAAACGAUUGACCGGCCGUGGAAGAUGUAUCCGCUGGGCGUGGUUUUUGGGCUCGGGUUUGAUACGAGCUCAGAGAUUGCUGUUUUGGGAAUUGCGAGCAUCCAAGCCGUGCAGGGGACAAGCAUCUGGCUGAUUCUCAUUUUCCCAAUUCUGUUUACAUCUGGCAUGUGUCUUGUAGAUAGCACUGACGGGGCGUUGAUGAUGGCACUCUACACGUCCAAGGCCUUUUCGCGAGACGUUGUUGCCAUUUUGUAUUACUCCAUUGUCCUCACUGGCAUCACCGUUGUUGUUUCUGCUUUCAUCGGCAUCAUCCAGGUCCUGUCACUGGCGCAGAACGUGGCAAACCCGACGGGCCGCUUCUGGGACGGCGUCUCGGCUGUUGGAGACCACUUUGACAUUAUUGGGUCUGUUUUGGUUUACGGGCCGUGGAGGAGGCGUGUGGAGAGGAGGAAUCGGGAGGUGUUUGUUGUGGGAGUGGAUGAAGACGAUGUUGAGGCUGAGAGAGAGGAGGCGUUGCCGAGAGCUUUGGGGGAGCAGGCUCCGAAUCCAAAGACGGCGAGUACACGAGUUGCGGAUUGUUAG